UCUCACUUGUAAAUUUAUUCACAAAAUUCAUCAAAUUCAAUUUCCAUCAAAGAUAUUUAUUUUAUCAAAUCCCAAUUGCGGUUAUCGGGUCCAGCUGUUAGCUGUAGUGUUCAACGGUUGCAUUGCAAGCCAGAGAGAGAGAGAGAGAGAGAGAGAGAGAGAGAGAGAUAGAGGUGUAUCACGACUCACCAGAGUAGUUAGUUGUUCGUGAAUUGCAGAUGAGUAUGACCCAUUUCUCUGUUUACGAUUCUUUUGCAGUUUCAGAGGUCAAAGGGGGGAAACUUUCGUUUUUGUGUAAACUGGAUCAGAUUUGGAGAAUUGUAGGUUAGGGGUUGUCUUGAUAUUGUGAUCUAGAUUCUGGAGCCAGCAAAUAGCAAUAGCAAUAGCAUGCGUUGAAAGUUGAAAUCCAUUUCAUCUUCGAGAAUGAGUCAACUAAUUGAACACACUGCCAAUGCUCAAAGGGGUUCUAGAGUUCAAGCUCCACUGGUUGAUUCUAUUUCUUGCUACUGUAAAGUAGAUUCAGGCCUGAAAACAGUUGCUGGGGCAAGGAAAUAUGUUCCAGGAUCAAAGCUAUGUAUCCAACCUGACAUAAAUCCAAAUGCACAUAAGAGCAAAAACUCACGUAGAGAGAGGACAAGAGUUCAGCCUCCUCUCCUACCUGGCCUUCCGGAUGAUCUUGCUAUCGCUUGUUUGAUUCGAGUACCGCGGAUUGAGCACAGAAAACUACGCUUGGUUUGCAAGAAAUGGCACAGCCUCCUGUCUGGAAACUUCUUUUAUUCACUCAGGAAAAGUCUUGGAAUGGCAGAAGAGUGGGUGUAUGUCAUCAAAAGAGACCGUGAUGGAAGAAUUUCAUUGCAUGCUUUUGAUCCCACCUACCAACUAUGGCAACCCCUUCCCCCUGUUCCUGGGGAAUAUUCUGAAGCAUUGGGAUUUGGCUGCGCAGUUCUUAGUGGUUGCCGCCUGUACUUAUUUGGUGGAAGAGAUCCUCUUAAGGGAUCCAUGAGACGUGUAAUUUUCUAUAGUGCCCGUACAAAUAAAUGGCAUAGGGCACCAGAUAUGCUGCGGAAACGUCAUCUGUUUGGUUCAUGUGUAAUAAAUAAUUGUCUUUAUGUGGCUGGGGGGGAAUGCGAAGGAAUUCAAAGAACUCUGCGUUCUGCUGAAGUUUAUGACCCCAACCGGAACAGGUGGAACUUUAUCUCAGACAUGAGCACAGCCAUGGUGCCCAUUGUUGGUGUUGUUCACAAUGACACAUGGUUUUUGAAGGGACUUGGAUAUCAUCGCAAUGUCAUGUGUAUAGCCUAUUCACCUGAAACUGAUACCUGGAACCCAGUUACUAAUGGAAUGGUCGAUGGUUGGCGUAAUCCUAGUGUCUCGCUGAAUGGACAACUCUAUGCUCUUGAUUGCCAGGAUGGAUGCAAGCUCACAGUAUAUGAUAGCGCAACAGAUUCAUGGAAAAAGUUUAUUGAUAGCAAGCUUCAUUUGGGUAGCUCUCGUUCUCUUGAUGCUGCCGCGCUUGUUUCCCUUAAUGGAAAGCUAUGCAUUAUCCGCAACAAUAUGAGCAUCAGUCUAGUAGAUGUUUCAAGUCCUAACAAUCCUCAUCUUUGGGAAAAUAUCGCUGGAGAAGGUCAUCUCAGGACUUUAGUUAGAAACUUGUGGUCAACUAUAGCAGGGCGUGGUGGUUUCAAGACUCACAUUGUCCGCUGUCAGGUGCUUCAAGCCUGAUAAUCUUGGUUAUACAAUUAGGGAAAUUGAUGAUUUCUAUGAAAAAUCAAUUGAAAUAGGUUUUUCCACUCUCGUGUUAUGUGAGGAACAUGGAGAGAUUAUGCUUUUUUUUCCUGGAAAUAUGUUGAUUUUCACAAUAGAAUGAGGGCAUUCCUUUACAGUCACGAAUCAGGAGCAGAUAUUGUAUAUGCUAUUUCACUCUAA